CGCAGUAUAGCGCGAGGGUGUACAGUCUAUCUCUAUCUUUUCCCUGGUCGACUUUGUUAUUCUCUCCCUCUUUCUCGUCGGUCGUCUCUUUCUCCGUGGUUCGUUCCCUCUCCAUUUCUUAGGCGUUCUAAUCGCUCGUUCUCUGUCAGUCUUCGUCACAGUCUUCAGUCUCUAUCCUUUCGUUUAUAUUCGUUUCUGUCCCUCUCACUUUCCGUUCUUUCUUCUCGCUUCUACCUGCCCGUCGUAUUUCCCUCUCUAUAUCCCCUUCUCGCUUCGUUCUUCGAGGCAAAGCAGAAGAAACCCCCGCGGUUGCUCGUUCGUUCUCAAAACUCUUACUCGUUGUCACGCGCUAAAAAUACUCCCGCACAGUCUUCCGAGGGUGUACCAUGCCAAAGGAGAACGGGAAUUAGGACGACAAAAGCAGUCAACAUCGACCUGGAACUGUCAUGGAACGGCUUUCGAGAGUGGCAUGUUAUUUUCGAUGGAUGAGAAACGCGUCACCUCGCGAUACAAGCGAGGUGGCCGUAGAGGACGAGGGUAAACCCGUCGAGGUUGGACAGUAUCGGAAUGUCGGAUGCAAUUUAGAAGCCCCGAAGCGGUUCUGUAGCAUACUGGAAAGUGUCCUUCUUUGGGAGAAUUCCGUGAAUAGUAUCUCCGUCGUCAUCGUGUUCAACAUACUGUUUUGGGGAAUUAUCGUACUCGAGGUCCGUGGCUUUGCAGCAGCCAGCAGUGCUGUGCUGGUCGUAGUCCUCUGUUACAGCACAUUAGAAGCCCAAGUUCAAAAAGAGAACAGAGCAUCGGACACAACUACAUCCUGUGCAAAAAUAGAACAAAUUGAAAAGAUAGGGAAAAAAGUGAAAUCAGUGAUUCAUAGUUUAAAGCAGUUGAGGAAAGAUCAACCAGGAGUGUUUUGCACUGCUGCAUGUUCUCUCUCUUUGGGCCUAUGGAUUAUUGGUCGUACCAUAAAUGGUAUACUUCUUGCAUAUACGAUAUGCAUGAGCAUUCUACUUGGUCCCGCAUUGUUAUUUAAGCUACCUAAUAAGAUUGUACCACACAAAGAGUGGGAUAGUGAAAUUGAAGAAUUUUUACCAGCAGUGACCGAAGACAAUCUUCAGGUUCUUACAAGAGCAGGAGAAUCAGGGGAUCAAUCUCCUACACCAACAAGCGUAUUAUCUGAUGCUCAAAAUGAAUUCUUUAACGAUGAAGACCUUAUAGGUCUAAAAAUGCCAUCGCACGAAGAUGGAAGUACCGACGGUGUAGAGGUUUCUGAAUUAGAACUUAGUGCUGAAGAAACUGAUGUGGACGGUAUUAAAUUUCAAAGUGGUCAUUUUGAGAAAGGAUCAUCUUCUGAAGAAGAAGCAGAACUUGAACCACUCUUAUCAAAAAAAUUAAUUAGUCAUAGUGAUGAGAGCAGUAGCGAAUUUGAAAUAAUUGAUAGUCAAGAAGUCGAUGAUUUAGAUGUUGCAUGAGAGUUGCAGACAUGUGAACUGUGAAGUUAUUAUUAUGCAGACUAGAAUUAAACGCAACCGAUCAUUUUAAAUACACUUUAUUUGGACAAUGGUUUAGGUAAAGUAAUUAUUUUGCAUAAAUUUUAGUAACCUGCUUCAAUUUACCGUGUGAAUAUUUAUGCGAAAUUGUACGAUGAUAUUCUUGUUACUACUAUUGGAGAAAAGUAUUUAUUUCUAAUCAAAGAACGUCAAUUAUUUUAUUAGAUUCCCAACUGCUUCGAAAAUCUGUAUGAUUAGAACUAGAGAUUUUUUUGAUUAUGUGCGAAUGAUAGCUUCUCAGUAGUUACUUAUCUUGGUGUAUACUUAUAUUAAAGUAUACUUACGAUGUUGUACAUAUUAUACGCGGAAAUGGAAAUCUACCACCCUACUUUUUAUUUUUGGUGAUAUACAGACGAAUUAAGUAUAUCUGUAGUACGUGUACGAAAUUUUUGGUGUAUAUAAAAAAUUCGGGUAUCAUAAAAAAAAUGUUGAAAAGAAAUCAAUUAAAUAAGAUAUUUUGUCAAUUUAAAUAUCGCUUUGACCUUCAUGGAUGGAAAUCGUUUUGUAUAUGUAUAUAUAUUAGAAUUUACUACCUGUAAAUUCUAAAUAAGAAGUUAAAAAUUACGAUAUCCAGUGUACAGCAGGUACGAAACGAUUACAAAUUGUUAUAGUAAAUAUCAGCUCUGUUUUUGAUAUUGUAAAAAUUACGUAAGACGUUGAUCUAUUUGAAAACAGUUUUUCAUAUUUCAUAAAUACUCAGAUGUGAUUUUACCAUUUUCCAGAUCGAUUCAUAUACAAAACAAAAUAUAAAUUAAAUAUUUUAUUUAUUACGAAGAUCUCAUAAUUAAACUCUGAUUGAAUUUAAACUAAAACAAUUGAUUAUGACAAUUGCAAAUGACACUAAAAUUUCACAGUGAUAACCAAAAAAAGUGAAUCAGGAAGCAGUACUACCUUCAGGCAAAAUUAAAACAUUUUUCCUGUAAAAUUACUAUUAAAAAUGAUACCACUUAUGUAAAUACAGUUUUACUAAUAAUACAUGCACACAAAAGUUUACAUUAA